AUGUCGAUGAGUUCAAAUUCAAGAACAAACAACAGACACACAAACAGACAAUCUCUCAGUCUCUCCAGCUACCCGGGCGACAUCUUCAACACGCGCAAUGCCGGUGACGCGCCAUUCGGAGAUGAGAACGCAAUUGUGGACGGCGACGCGGAACACUCCUCGGGCGCACCAGACCAGCCAAAGCACGAUUUGAACGCGACUGAAGCUAUGAAUUGGCUGUACAGCGCUGAUACAGACCAGACCCCGCGUGCCAGUGAUCAGGAUCAUUUCAGUCUUGCCUCCUCGGAAGACUUUCUGAACUUUGGUCGAAACUCUGCACAAUUUGAUUUUGGAGCGUUCAAUCAGACUGGCCUCCUCAGUCCGCAAGUCUCGAGGCAAAGUAGCAAUGCUGAUGCUACAAAUACCGCUGUGCAGGAUUCACAAGCAGGCAAAGAUACAGGCUCAUCGGGCCACAGACAAUUCAUGAAUGUUCAAGGCGACUACAGGGCUGCUCGCCCUGAGGCCUCCAUUAUGACAGGUCUCCUGCUGGAUACUCGUCAAGGUCAGCCUAUGCAACCCCUCUCAUCGCAAUUAUCAUCCAGCCGGAUCGUUGCUCGAUUGUUGGCACCGACCAGCAUGCGGCGUUCGACACAGGAAGAUUCACAGACUUACCUCAAUAAGUCACAACUAUAUGGCUUGAGUCUUGUCGAUACCGAGCACAAGGCCCAAGGGCGACAAGUCAAGUACCGCACUACAGUCAAAGUACUUUUUCACGAUGAAGACCAGAAGCAUCGUGCUGCUACAUUCUGGAGCAUUUGGCGCGAUGGCCGCGGUAUGACGGAGGCUGUUGAGCGCAAAGCUCCAUUCGUAAGGGCUCUCGAAUUUGACGAGGCUGGCCCUGUCAAGAUGAUGGAAAAGCACAAGGCAGAUGUGAUUGCACGUCCUGUCUUGGUGGCUGAAGCGUUUGACGGAUUCACUGUUGACUGGUCUCCCGUGCAGCAGUCGCCGUGCGCUCAGACCAUGCUGGCGCUCCGUUGCCAUUUCUUAUCGACCGACUUUUCGCACUCUAAAGGUGUCCGUGGCGUGUCUCUCAAACUCGCAGUGAAGACAGAGAUCUGCACCAACGACCAGCAGUAUCUGCUGGGUGGUUCGGCUUGUCUCAUCAAGCUUUUCCGUGACAAAGGUGCCGAGCGCAAAGCUGCAAAUGACUUGUCCCAUGUUCGCAAGGCUCUUCAAAGACUAGAAGACCCCCAUGGUUCGAGUCUCAUUAACUCUGCAUCGGGUCCCAUUGUUCACAAGGGUCAUGUCAGGCGUGAAUCAGACUUUCAAGUGCGCGUUCAACACCGCCGGAAGCGCUCAGCCUCCGUGUCUUCGCAGAGUAGUGGCAACGGCUCACAAACUGAGGAAUACAGUCGACUCGAUGAAAUUGACAUGUACCGCGCCAUGCUGGCGUCAGUGGAGCCAAGCACAUUGUUGCAGUUGCCACUCGAGGAUGGUGACAAUAUGGCACUUAGCUUCGACGAUGAGAUCUCGCUGCAAGCAAAACAAGUGGAGCCAGUCUCCACGGAAGAGCCUCAGACCACCUACGGACGACUUUCGCCACAGUCUGUUUACCAGCCAGCUUUUCGCGCCUCGCCACAGCCAGUAUUACUUGGGGAUUUCAGGACCAUACUUGUGGCCGAUAUGGAUGACCACUACGUCCCACCAAAGCCGCAGAAGAAACCCGUCAAGUGCUUCUACUUCAUGCAACAAAUGGAGAGCACUAGUAAAACACAGACUAUGUCACCCGUAUCAGACGGGUCGCCCGACAUGAGAGGCGAAGGGGAAAAUCCAGGUACAAGCAAAUAUCACCCUUCACAGCGCAAUCGACAUCAGCUAGGCCCCAUCUAUCGAGCAGUCUACCUGUACGAGUAUUCGGUCAAUGCAUUCGUGUCGGUCGUCGCCAAGAAGCUCAGCUUGGACGCGGAGAAGCACAGAAUCGUCCGAUGUGUCCGAGAGAACAAUAGGGGUAUUCGCAUCUUGCUCGAAGCUGAGAUGCUCGAGCGUAUGCCGGACGGUCAAGAUAUGUUGAUACGCCUGCACGAAGUUGGUCCCGGUCAAAUCGAACUGGUGCUUCAUUACGCUCUGGCAUGA